AUGGUUAAACUAGAAGUUCUCUCGCUUUUUGCCAUUCUUCUGCUUUGCGCAAGCAACUCAUUUGCCGGAGUUAUUCCAUCUGGGGUUCAAAAAUCAAUUGGAAAUUAUGAGUUUCCAAAAGAUAUAAAAAUUCCGGAAAAUAUCACUGUUCCAGAGGGCAAUUGUUUUAAAUUUUAUUUAUACGUUAGUGGAUAUAUCUGGUAUCAAUGUACCAAUAGUCAAUGGGAAGGUCGUGCAUUAUUUUUUAACCAUGAAGAAGACAUACCUUCCUACCCCAUUUCAGCCGUAGUAUCAACAUAUGCUAUUCCAGCUAGCGCAAUUGGCAUUAGGUCUAUUAUUCCAGAGAGCGAUUCUUCAUCAUUGGUGGUAACCUCUGUUGCUACCUUCCCGCCACCUAAUCCAGAAAAAGAUCUUCCCUAUGGACUUGAAAAAGCUCAAGAUAAUAAAGGAGAAGGGGUGUUGAAAGAUAUUACCUAUGUAGUUCGUGUCGCUACUGACGGCGGUGGUACUAAAUACCCGGAAGGUUAUAUUUAUAGCUCGGAUAUUAAUGCAUUAAAUUUAUUCUAUCAUCCUCAAAAGUAA